UACCUAGAACGUAGUAAUUAACAAGUGUAUUGUUACUGUCAGCCGGGACUGGUACAAGUCCUGGAACACUGUCCUUAUGUAGACGAUGCUCAUUUACUACUUCUUGUUAGCUAUAGCCGUGUUGUCGUCUGCAACGAAGAAAAAAACGGUAGGAGGUAAAAAAAGAUACAUCCUCAUAGCUGUGACCUUUCUGUGGUCUGCCGUUUCCAAGUCAGAAACAGCUUCUAGAUACGCCAGAGUUGUGAGCAGAAAGAGACCUUCUCUCCAGCGUGUGGUCAACAAGGCGACCAGCAGUCAGUACUACAUGUCAAUCUGUGCACAGUGUCACAGUCCAUCUUACUCACCGGAUGGAGGGAGAGACAUUUUGAAACAAGGAAAGUGGACGUGGAUCUUUGGUGUGGUUUAAACUACCGUGGAAUGAACGAUUACUUUCAAUGACGUUUGCAGAAUAUGUGAAACCGAAGCUGGAAAUGCAAUAUAAAACUAAUUUUAAAAAGCACCCAUGUUAACCUGUUCAUUGUUUUAUUUCAUUUGAUAUCACAGAAAUAGUUAGAAUUAUUAACAUACACCUUUAGCUAUGAGAGCGGCAUUUGUAUUUAAUUUCUAUAACAUUACUGAUUAUUAUACUGAUUAAAAUUAUCUUCAAAAUC